AUGUGUGUGUUGGACAGUGUGGAGUUGAUGACAGAGGCCCAGAUGGAUUGUGGGAGCUGGUGUGAUGAUGAUGAUGGCGAUGAAGGGUCAUCUCAGCAAGGUGAUGAAGGAGACAACUUCUAUGUGAUUGACCAAGGAGAAGUGGAUGUCUAUGUGAACGGAGAGUGGGUGACCAGUAUCGGGGAGGGGGGCAGCUUUGGGGAGCUGGCCCUGAUCUACGGGACCCCCCGAGCCGCCACCGUCAAGGCCAAGACUGACAUGAAGCUGUGGGGCAUCGACCGGGACAGCUACCGACGCAUCCUCAUGGGUAGUACACUGAGGAAGAGGAAGAUGUACGAAGAGUUCCUGAGCAAGGUCUCCAUCCUUGAGUCUCUGGACAAGUGGGAGCGUCUGACCGUAGCUGAUUCCCUGGAGCCGGUCCAGUUUGAGGACGGGGAGAAGAUUGUGGUGCAGGGAGAUCCCGGAGAGGACUUCUUCAUCAUCACAGAGGGUACAGCCUCUGUUCUCCAGCGUAGGUCUGACAAUGAGGAGUACGUCGAGGUUGGUCGUCUGGGGCCAUCAGACUACUUUGGUGAGAUCGCCCUGCUGCUGAACAGGCCGCGGGCGGCCACAGUGGUGGCCCGGGGGCCACUGAAGUGUGUGAAGCUGGACCGGCCCCGCUUCGAACGGGUCCUGGGGCCCUGCUCGGAGAUCCUCAAGAGGAACAUCCAGAGAUACAACAGCUUCAUCUCUCUCACCGUGUGAGGGGCCACCAGGGGCCUCAUGGGGGCCAAAUGGGGAGGGAAGGGGCAGAUGGGUGGGGGAGGGGGAUUCCGAUGACAGGGCGCUUGCUUCUUCCUGCCUUUUUUUCAUUUGGCUUUGUUCUUCUAAUUCUGAUCUUCUUCUUCUUGUGCACUUUGACUUGACCUGUACUGUCUCUGUAGCUUUAUUUAAAUGAACAGUGAAACAUGUGGGAUGAAUGGGGCGAGGAAGGACAGGUAGUGUGGAUGUACUUUAAAUGGGUUGUAUGUUACAGGAGUCAUAUAUGUUUACUGCAUAUGAUACAUGCUCGGAGAAUGCAAAGAAUGGAGGUAGAUUGCACUUGUAUGCAUUUUAUGAGGUAAAACUAUAACGGGUGGGGGCGGGGUAAUUUCAGGAAGGGAAGUCAUGAAUUCAGGAAGUGAGGUCAUGUUUACGUACAGCGAGGAGGAAGUUGGGUGUCUUUGCGCGCUGGUUGUAGUUUUUUGCCUUUUCACUUUAGGGUCCUGGUCGUUGGUCCGUGGUUGCCAUUUAUAUGUCAAAUCAACCCACUACCCGAUGACGCAGGCCUUUGUUACCUAAAAACUAGAGGUAGACGUAAAAACCUGGCUGUUUCAUUGAUCUCAAUGUUUUUUAACUGUGCUUGUGUUGCUGGUACGAAUGAUGAUGGGGUGUUUGUUAGAAGUGAUAUUUUGAAUAGGGGUUUUAUUAAUGGAUGCUGCGUCUGUGCCAUGUGAAGGAGUGUGGCUUUUAUUUUGAAAUUUGGGCUUUUAUUUUGUAAAAAUCCCUCUAUUCUGAUGUUUUAUCUGAAUCUGAAGUCUGUAAGUUGUUCCAAAGGCGCAAUAGUGUAUGUUAGAUUAACACACACACACACUCUCUCAAACACAUAACA